AUGAUUACCAUAAAAGUACCCUGUUCCUCUGCGAAUAUUGGCCCCGGUUUCGAUGUUAUAGGUCUCGCCCUCUCCAUAUGGCUCACAUUGCAGGUCGAAGUCACUCCAUCAAUCACAUCCCAAGCCCCUCUCAACUGCAUAAUUACAUAUGAAGGAGAAGGCGCGGAAGAGGUUCCCUUGACCGCUGACAGCAAUCUCAUUACACGAACUGCAUUAUAUGUAUUGCGAUGCCAUGGCCAGAGAAGCUUUCCUUCCGAGACUUCGGUUCAUAUUAUAAACCCCAUUCCAUUGGGACGAGGACUCGGAUCGUCUGGUGCUGCAGUGGUGGCUGGUGUGGCACUAGCCAAUGAAGUUGGAAAUUUGAAAUUGUCAAAGGCUAGGAUGUUGGAUUAUUGUCUCAUGAUAGAACGACAUCCAGACAAUGUAGCUGCAGCCUUAUAUGGUGGAUUCGUAGGAACAUAUCUCAACGAACUAAGCGCCGAAGACACAGAACGCAAAGAAAUCCCUCUCAGUGAAGUUCUCCCCGAACCCGCCGGAGGAGUAGACACUGGAUCCAAUCCUCCCGAACCACCGGUUGGAAUCGGACACUACAUGAAAUUCCCCUGGGCCUCCGAGAUCAAAGCUAUUGCAAUCAUUCCACAGUUUGAAGUCGCUACGGCAAAAGCUAGAAGUGUCCUGCCAUCUUCAUAUUCCAGGUCAGAUGUAGUAUUCAACCUUCAGAGAAUUGCUCUUCUCCCUUCCGCUCUGGGCAGAUCACCACCUGAUGCAGAGCAAAUUUACCUUGCAAUGCAAGAUAAGGUGCAUCAACCUUACAGGAAAGGUUUGAUACCAGGUCUGCCUGAGAUUCUACAAUCUGUCACUCCUAAAUCUCAUCCUGGUCUCUGUGGAAUAUGUCUAUCAGGAGCUGGUCCAACUAUUCUUGCGCUUGCAACGGGGAACUUCGAUGCAAUUGCAAAGGUCAUAUUAGAUACAUUUGCGAAGAAUGAUAUCAAGUGCGAUUGGAAAUUGCUAGAGCCUGCGCAAGAGGGUACAACCGUUACAUACAGCUGA